UAAUAAUUUUUCAUAGUAUUUAUAGAAUUCUGCUAAUUUUCCACAAUCCUACGAGAAUGAAUCAAAGCUUCAAAAAUUAUACUAAAUCAGUUCAAGGACUAAAAAAAGAAUGUGCUGAGCAUGGCAUCAAUGAUGAGGAAUUUAAAAAACUUUAUUUGGAAACUUUAGAGUCGGUAAAUAAAAAUGAGAUACAAAAAACGACUCGUAGUAAAUUGUAUGCUAAGAAAAGAAAAUUACUUUUAAUCCUCGUAUUACUUUUAGUUACUGUUUGUUCUUUUAAAUAUAUUUAUAACAACAUCCUAUGCAACCUACAAGAAUUUAUUUAUCCUGGAUUAAGGCUCAUUAGGAAAAUAUCUAUUCCUUUUAUUUCACUUUUUCCUGCAUUAACCGAAUUAUACCAGGAACCAUGUUUGAUACAGAACCCCUUUUACACGAUAGUAGACAUGGAUUGUUGGCCGUGCAGUACAGUUGGUAAUGUCCACAAAGUGUUAGACCCACAACCUGUACAUCAACAGAAUACAGCACCUUUUAUUUAUCAGAGCACUCAACCAAAACUAGAUAUGAAUGUAUUGAGGGAUUUAUAUUUAAGAAAUAGAGACACCUUUGACAAAGAAUCGUCUAAAAUUCUAAUGAACAACAACUUUUAUGUAUCACCAUCACAAGUUUUAGUUCAAAAAACGGAAGAUAAGAACUUGUAUAUAUGGAAGAUAAAUAAUAUAAAUAUAGCAAGAAUCUUAAGACAAAUAAUACCACGGGCAAAAGUAGUGCCAAAGUUUGGACAAAGCACAGAAAGAUAUAUUAUUAUUGAUUCAAGUCAAACUACAUUUAAGAUACCAGACACGGAAUGUAACUUUGCUUUCCUCUUGUCUUUGAGUGGGGCUAGAACAGUUACUUUGAGUCCUGCCGAGGAAUGCAAACAUCAAUGUAAAUCAUUGAAAGUUGAUUUAAAGGAAUCUGAUUUAUUAUGGUAUAAUUGGUGGUACUGGAGACCAGUAGUGCAACAAUCAAAUGAUAAUACAACUUUUAUUGCACAUGUCGGAUCUUAUUGCUGACAUUUUAAUGGGAUGCAACUGGUAUCAGUGACACAAAGGCAAAGAUAGUGAGUACUGUCACAGAUGUCCAUGACCAUGCGUCAC